CUGUGCCCCGGCUGGCUGCAGCAACACUCGGCUUGGCGCCAGUGCCCUUAGAGUACCCCGGCUUGGAUGGGCGACCCACAUGGGAAAUCGGGGUGGUUGGCCAUGAUACUGACCCCGUUGCUGUCCCCUUUGUCCCUCCAGUGCACUGUCCAGGUCAAGUUGGAGCUGGGACACCGUGCCCAGCUGCGCAAGAAGCCCACUACAGAGGGGUUCACCCACGACUGGAUGGUGUUUGUGCGCGGCCCCGAGCAGUGCGAAAUCCAGCACUUUGUGGAGAAGGUGAUCUUCCGGCUGCACGACAGCUUCCCGAAGCCCAAGCGUGUGUGCAAGGAGCCCCCGUACAAGGUGGAGGAGUCGGGCUAUGCCGGCUUCAUCAUGCCCAUCGAGGUGCACUUCAGGAACAAGGAGGAGCCCCGGAAGGUCUGCUUCACCUACGACCUGUUCCUGAACCCGGAGGGCAACCCGCCCGUGAACCACCUGCGCUGUGAGAAACUCACCUUCAACAACCCCACCACCGAGUUCCGCUACAAGCUGCUCAUGGCCGGAGGGGUGAUGGUAAUUCCCGAAGGAGCAGAGUCGGUGUCCAGGCCCAGCCCCGACUACCCCAUGUUACCCACAAUUCCACUCUCUGCCUUCUCUGACCCCAAGAAGACCAAACCGUCCCACGGCUGCAAGGACGCCAACAAGGAGAGCAGCAGCAAGCCCCCCAAGCCGCACAAGGUGACCAAGGAGCACCGAGAGCGAACGCGCAAGGACUCGGAGAGCAAGGGCUCCUCCAAGGAGCUGGAGCGCGAGCAGGCCAAGGGCGCCAAGGACGCGGCGCGCAAGCUGGCCGAGGGCCGGCUGCCCAAGGAGGAGAAGGCACCGCCGCCCAAGGCCGCCUUCAAGGAGCCCAAGCUGGAGAGCCUGUCUCCCAAGGGGGGCGCCCCGCCGCCGGCACCGCCCAAGGCCUCCAGCAAGCGGCCGGCCGCCGCGGACUCGCCCAAGCCCAGCGCCAAGAAGCCCAAGAAGAACAGCUCCAAGGGGGCCCGCAGCGCCCCGGGCACCUCGCCCCGCACCUCAUCUUCCUCCUUCCCGGACAAGAAGCCGGCCAAGGACAGAAGCAGCAGCAAGGGGGACCGAGGCAAGACCGAGGGCGAGUCCAGGGAGUCCCGGAAGGCGCUGGAGGUGGGCGAGUCUAACUCCGAGGACGAGGCUUCCUACAAGUCCGAGUCCGCUGCGUCCAGCCCAUCCAACUCCAGCUCCAGCUCCGACUCCAGCUCCGACUCGGAUUUCGAGCCGUCUCAGAACCACAGCCAAGGCCCCCUGCGCUCCAUGGUGGAGGACUUGCAGUCCGAGGAGUCGGACGAAGACGACUCGUCAUCAGGAGAGGAGGCCACCGUCAAGACCAACCCUGGGCGGGACUCCAGGUUGAGCUUCAGCGAUAGCGAGAGCGACAACAGCGCUGACUCCUGCCUGCCUGGCCGCGAGCCCCCGCCCCCCCAGAAGCCCCCGCCCGCAAACAGCAAGGCACCAGGCCGACGGAGCCCAGAGCCCUGUAGCAAGCCGGAAAAGAUUCUCAAGAAAGGCGGCUACGACAAGGCCUACACUGACGAGCUGGUCGAGCUGCACAGACGGCUGAUGGCGCUGCGGGAACGCAACGUGCUACAGCAGAUCGUGAACCUGAUCGAGGAGACGGGCCACUUCAACGUCACCAACACCACCUUCGACUUCGACCUCUUCUCCCUGGAUGAGAGCACGGUGCGCAAGCUGCAGAGCUACCUGGAGGCCGUGGCCACAUGACCCGGGCCGGUCCCUGCUGCGGGGACCGCCUGCCCGCAGCACCGCCUUACCGCCCGCCCAGUCCUCGGCCCUCCAAGCCGGCUGCACUUUCCUUGGCGGCUUCCUCCCGCCCUCCCCACUCCGUGUGGGGAGCCCCCGGGGCCGAGGGCUCCCCUGCCCUCCUCUGGGCAGGUGGUCCGGCUGAAAGGUCCUGACCAGGCUAGGCAUCAACUCCCCUGAGAGGACGAGGUGUGCGUCCUGCCGGGGGCUUCCUUGCCCAGCCCCAGCACAGCAGCCCUGCCUGCCCCCCCGGCCUCACUGCAGGCUGUGGGGCCAGGUCUUGCUCCCCAAACGGUUCUGAACACACCCUGCACCCACCUGGGAGCCAGCGGCUCUGGGUGUCUGUGCGGCCGCCCGGCCGGGCCGUGCUGUACAGUUUUGUCUAUAUUAUAUUUGUGUGUGUGCGCUGUUAAGCCCACAAGCGGUU